AUGGAGUAUUCAAGCUCCACGGGUUUGAAUCACAUCAUCGCCGAGGAGGAGGACCAACCGCCGCAGCAGCAGUCCAACAAAGCCAGACUGCCUGUGAUUGGGAGCUAUUUCAAGAUUGAAUCGCCGACCGGAUCGCAGCCGAUCGCAGCUUUGGGCAGCCAGCGUUGCCUCAACACGCCCCCGACCACGCCUAGCAGUCCCCUGCGGGAAGCCCCCCAGAGUCCCUCGGACGGACACGUCUCGUCAUUGAGCUCGCACUCCGGAUCGGGAUGCAGUGACAUCCUGUUGGUGCCAAAGGACAAAGAAUCGCAAGGAUUUGCCACAAACAUGCUGAGCGGGCGUCAUUGCGGCUAA